GGAUCUUGAGGGUAGAGGUGGUCCUUUAGUCAGGUCCGGAAGGCCAGCUCCGUACCCGGCCAAGCUGUUUCAAGACAUAGGGCCUGCUUUCCUCGGGGGCGGGGCCCUGCGGCAAGGGUUUUUUGGGGGCGUGGACUCGCCGGCCCGCCCCCUGGCCGCGCGGGCGCAUUGGCUGCGCUGGGCGCGGGCGCACCGUGGCACUUUGAACCUGCUCUGCCGGCGACUGGGGUCUCAAUCCAGUCGUCCGACUGAAGUCGACUUCGAGCCGGGGUGAAGAGGGUCGGCGUCUGUCCCUGGGGCCAUGGCAGCGGAAGCGCGCGUGUCACGCUGGUACUUCGGGGGACUGGCCUCCUGCGGGGCAGCCUGCUGCACUCACCCGCUAGACCUGCUUAAGGUGCAUCUGCAAACGCAGCAGGAAGUGAAGUUGCGCAUGACCGGCAUGGCGCUGCAGGUGGUGCGCACUGAUGGCAUCUGGGCUCUCUACAAUGGCCUGAGCGCUUCACUGUGCAGACAGAUGACCUAUUCCCUGACGCGGUUCGCUAUCUAUGAGAGUGUGCGGGACCACUUGACCAAGGGCACCUCAGGGCCUGUCCCCUUCUACAGCAAGGUGCUGAUAGGAGGCCUCAGCGGUUUAACUGGAGGAUUCGUGGGGACCCCUGCAGACUUGGUCAAUGUCAGGAUGCAGAAUGACAUGAAGCUUCCUGUGAAUCAGCGGCGCAACUAUGCUCAUGCCCUGGAUGGCCUGUACCGUGUGGCCCGUGAAGAGGGCCUGAGGAGGUUAUUCUCUGGUGCAACCAUGGCAUCCAGCCGCGGAGCCCUUGUCACCGUGGGCCAGCUGUCAUGCUACGAUCAGGCCAAGCAGCUGGUCCUCACCACCGGGUACCUGUCUGACAACAUCUUCACUCACUUUGUUGCCAGCUUCAUUGCAGGUGGCUGUGCCACGUUCCUGUGCCAGCCCCUGGAUGUGCUGAAAACCCGCCUGAUGAACUCCAAGGGCGAAUACCGGGGAGUUUUUCACUGUGCUGUGGAGACAGCCAAGCUGGGACCACUGGCCUUUUACAAGGGCCUCUUUCCUGCGGGCAUUCGUCUGAUCCCACACACCGUGCUCACCUUUGUGUUCCUGGAGCAGCUGCGCAAACACUUUGGCAUCAGGGUGCCCACCUGAGAGCUCCAGCACUGGGCUCAAGAUCAGUGGGAGGGUGUGGCCUCCUUUCCUUCCUGGCCUAGGCCCACACCGUGUCCAGCAGGCUCUGCCCCACCCUCCAGGACCUUGCCUGCCCCUAUGCUCCCUGCUGGGCCUUUGCCCAGUUUUGCCCCUCCCCACUGCCCGUUCACUCAGGAAGAGAACAAGAGCGGCCCUCAGGGUGGCUCACCGCCUCCGCUCCCUCUGCUCAACAGGCAUUCUCUGCAGAAAAGGGAGUGGCUGGAUGACCUGUGUCCUACUCUGGCCAAGGUUUACUGCAGACAUGAACACCUCUUUGGGUAACCUCCUCUGAGGAAGGGCCUGGAAGGCAGGGUGGGGUGUGGCCCCUAUAGCUGCCCACCUGCCACACUUGUGAGCACGCGCACUUUACUCUCACGAGAGGGACCACAGCUUUAGCACCUUCAGUGGUAGCACCUCCCCCGGCCCCUACUCCUGGGAAAAGGAAUAGAUGACAGAUCACCAACCAGUGCCAGCAUGUAGGGUCCCCCCAGCCCUCUGCGGGUACACCCCCAGAUGCUUUAAUAAUUUGCUUUGCCAGACAAAACCUCAGUGCUCACAGCCUGCUGCUGUCUACCCAGCUGGUGCCCCCAGGCCCUCAGAUGCCCACAGCCUCCCCUCCCCGGCUCCCUGGGGAAACACAGCCAUAGGUCGUGGUGGGCUGUAGUGUGUCUUCUAGAACUUGCCUUCCAGUGUGGCCAGUGGUCACCCAACAAGAGCCCCAGCAUGGCCAGUGGUCACUCCAUAAGAGCCCUGGCAUGGCUAGUGGUCACCCCACAACAGCCUCUAGCAUCUAAAAACCACCACCAAAGCAGCCUAUUUUCCCUAAACAGGCUUGGGAACUGUGUGGGCUUGGAUACUGCUCUCCAUCAGCCCCAUGGGUGUUGGCCUGCAGCUCUUCAUGGGUCCAAUAAAGGAGUGACCCAGGC